AGAUUUGAGGGGGAGGGCAGGGAAAGUCUUGAGGAAAUGGGUGUUGAGAACUCCUCCUAUAUCUAACUCCACAUUCCGCUUUUGUAGACUUCUCCCCAAGAUUUGGAGCUAAAACGUCUGAGAGGACAGAAAGAGCACAGAGGGAGGACAGCAGCAACAGGGAAAAAUAUCGGAGACGUCGACUGAAGGGUGCAGACUGAAGCUGAAGGGAUACAAGACUCCAUCUCCCAGCAGCCAUGGUUUGCCUGCUCAUAUCCAUCCUUGUGCUGCAUCUGACCACCUUGGCCAUGCUCCUCAUCGCCACCCUGGAGAAGUCUUGGUGGGUGUGGACUGAUUCAGAAAUCAGAGACCUCUGGUACAACUGCGUCCAUGACAAUGAAACAAAGACCUGGCUGUGCGCUGCUACCAAUGAGACCGACUGGCUCCAGUCCGUCCAGGCCCUCAUGGUCCUCUCUGUGGUCUUCUCCUCCAUCUCCUUCCUGGUUUUUCUGGGUCAGCUGCUCACCAUGACCAAAGGAGGGCUCUUCUACUUCACAGGCCUCUGUCAGGCCUUUGCAGGUUUCACGUCCUUUGCUGCAUGCCUCAUCUUCACCUUCCACAGAAAGGAGAUCUUGAACGACUCAAGAGAUCUGAGCAGAGGGCGCUUCGGCUACUGCUUCAUCCUGGCAUGGCUGUGUAUCCCUCUCCUCCUGAUCAGCGCCGUACUAUACGUCCACCUGCGCAAGAAGCAGUGAGAGAAAGAAACAGGACGGAUAAAUAAAAAACCUCCUCCCUUCACUGCUCUGGUCUUCAGAUUGUACAUGUCUGUUUUCUUUGUGAGUCAAGAUCCACCAGACAGUGCUGCAUUGUACGAAGGAUGUUGCGUCAUCGUGGUGGCAUCUCUUUACUGCUGUCACUCAAGAGCAGAUUGAAAAAGAUAAAAGUCAUUGAAGCUCAGUCAUGCUGUAAGAUACACAGACUCAUUUGAAAGGAUUCUAACAUAGAAAUAUUAGGUGAUGCAUGCUCAACUUGUUCUGCUUAAUGUAUGGUUGUGAUUAGGGCAACAUGAUGCUCAAAUUACUUGUUUUGUAUCGCUUGUAUAUAUUUGUGUUUGCCUAUUAAAAAAAAAAAAAAACAAUGUCA